AUUGAGGGCUGCGGUCAGUAUAAUGUCACUGCUCAGCACAUUGUUUGAACAAAGCAACCCAGACAACCAUAAGUCAUCUCAAUGCACUUCACGCACUAAGUUCAAGAUCUAACAAAGCCCCGUUGCAGAGGGAAGCUCAAAACAAAUCCAGAGAUUUCCUUUGAGCAGCUUUUUGUCAACAGCGGGAAGGAAAAUCUGGCCUCCAGCAGAACCAGGCUCAGAGAGGGUGGGCAUCUGCUUUGGCUGGUUGGGGAGAGGGUAAAGGGGAGAGAGAAAUAUGAAGACUGAAUCCAUAUCUGUUACUCUGGAGGCUAAUAAGUUGCUGGCCUUUACACUCAUAAAGUUAAAAGGGCAAAAACCCCAUAGAUUUCUGCCUGUGGGAACAUUGCAGAAUUCAAGUUUUCUCCUCUACAGUAUAGAGGGAUACAAUUUACAACUACAAUUCAGAAUUUCUAGAUGCAAUCACACAGUGUAUGAGUAAAUGGAAACCCCACGGUGAAUCCAAAUUCAUAAAUUCAUUCAUGAAUGCUGCAGAGGCUUUUGUCAGUAUUUUACUGUGCUGGAGGUGCUGAUUUUUAUGAGUCAUUUACAGCUUCUACAUGUAGUUUUUGAUAUGUACAGUACGCAAGAGAGCAUUUACAACUUGAAGAUGUUGCGUUUAUCUAGGUCAGCUGAGCUAGAUUUGGAGUUGUCAGCUUUCUGCACACUAAAUAGGUCAUGCUAACAAGUGGGGGGUUUUGACAAGCCUCUCGUACUCCAUCAGUCUCACCACAAAACGAUCGAAAGAUUGCUGAUCCUCUAAAAACACCCUGCUUUAAGCUGUAAUGUCAAGUUAAAUAUCAUGUAGAGCAAAAAAAAAAAGGCCCGAUCUUAUGUAACAAUUUACAUUUAGAUGACAUAUGUACUGAGAGCUAAAUGUAAGUAAGCAUUGGAAUAUUGGAGAAAUCUAAAGGAAAAGAAGAACGUGUGAUGAUGAGAAUCUGCUGAGCUGUAGACGAAGAACUUCACAGCACAAUUAUUAACCCAGAAAAUAUAAAUAUAGAUGAGAGCCCAAGGAGAUUUUAUGAACCCAAUGCAUCAGUGCACCAGUUUCUUAGUCACCGGCCCACAUAAACACAUCUGGAUGUUGCAUAGUGGCAGAGUGGAAACUUAAUGCAAAAUCAAAGUGCAAAGUCUGCAUCUUCAGCUGCCAUGAUGCAAUAGUGGGCUUCCUGUCCUCAAUUUGGGAGCCACAGGUUUUAAACAAAACCAGGGGUGAAAAAUCAGAGACAUACAAAGAUUAGGUAUUCAGUAAGACAACAUGGCUCCCACAGCUAUCCUCCCCGUGACGGCCGUCCUCCUCUGCUUCAUGCUGGGCAUAUUCAGUCCAGCUCCGGCUGCCCUGGGUGCUCGUAGGCCAUCGUGUUGUACAAAAUACAGCAAGAAUCCGUUGGACGUCCAGGAGAUAAGGGGCUACAGAGAACAAAGUGACACAGGUGUCUGCCGCAUCAAGGCCAUCAUUUUCUUCACAGCGAGUAGGACUAAGGUUUGUGCAGAUCCAGAGGCUCCCUGGGUGAAGGAAGCUCUGAAGUUCCUCAGUUCCAAACUGAAGAAGAUGUCCAAAACUGGCCCAGCAGCAAGUGGAACUCCAAAGAGUGAAAGUGACUCUUUCUACAAUGAAACUGAGCCCUUCCUCAACGACACCGACAUCUUUGGUCUUUAAUUAGCCAAAACCAGGUUGUUGCAGGAAUGCCAAUUUGAUGGAAUGUUUGAGAAUAUUACCUCUGAACAAGAGAUAUUGCUUUUUACUUUUGCAGCUUUGACCAUAGAACUUCAUUAUCAAGACUUCAGGGCAGCCUGAGGAGAACAGCUUUUAGGAAACUCAUGUAGAGUAUUUGCUCCAUCGAUGACAGAACGUUUAUAAUGAGCAUCUCUGAUUUUAAAAUCUUGUUUUUCUAAUUACCCUGUUGUGUUUCCUGCUAUGACUCUGCUGCUUGAUGAAAUUAAUGUGCUGAAACAGAUAUUAUUGGGAUUCUAAUAAAUAAACGAAGUCCAACACUG